AUGGUGGACUCGAAGAACCUUAAGGACAGUGAUGGCAGAAGAGACAAUUUGUUCCUUAAUUACACGAAUCUGCAGCACUUUUGGUUGGAAUUGCUGAAAUGCAAAGGGCUGCAGCACCUCCAGCAACUCUACAUGAAAGCACAGCUUUCUCAGGACUUGGCUCAAAAGCUUCCAAACCUUGUGGAAAUGUACCUUAACUCAAAUAACAUAGUUGUGAUCCUGGAAGAAAGGUCCCUUGUAAAACUCCAGUGUUUGGAUCUCAGUGACAAUGCGGUUGAAACUGACUACCCCCCAGAACUCUGUCCUCUGAGAGCUUUACAGCAAUUUGGAUUAGCUAACAACCAGUUGUGGUUCCUACUCCAAACAUCAACCAACUCUGGUGUAAACUUUCUGCCAUUCUUGCCAACUCGCUGCAGUCCUCCCAUCCAGGACAUUCCUGGUAUAGUCAACCAGCAGCUCCGUGUGUUUCUCCCCACUGAAAUGAAUGCCCUGGGAACCAAGCAUGACACUGUGCCUCUACACAAAGGCUGGUCCUGUGUGCACUGCCCUUCUUUGCUGCUGCUUCUGUGGCACCCCACACAUUCUAGUGAUGACACUGUGGGCCAGAUAGUGGGGCACUACACUUGCUCAUCAGGACUGACACUGCUUGAUCAGAACCCUCACAAAAGGUCACUGAGGCAUGAUUGA